AUGCCUCACUAUCCACCACCUGGUCCCCCGCCAUGGGCAGGACACCAUCACCCACCGCCUCAUGGGCAUUGGUCCGGUCCGCCUCCUCCGGGCCCCCAGCAAUAUGGCCACCAGGGACAACCUUACUAUGGACACCCACCGCCACAUGGGUACCCUCCUCAUGCUCAGUAUGGAGGACCACCUCCUCAGCCACCAAGGCCAUACUCAUCUCACGCACCCUCGCCGCAACCCCCGCCGCAACCGUACCAGACACCGAGUCCUCAGCCGCCGCAGAAUUAUAGACCAGUCUCUCAGCCCUAUGGACAGGCUCCACAAUAUCCGCCACAGUAUCCAUCGCAUCAGCAUAAUCUAAGCUCAUCUCGCAAUGAACCGGGACGAGCUCCCUCUCCGAAUGUGCCACCAACGCCCCCUCAGAAUAUGCAGCACUUUGGACAGGGCGCCCCAUCGAAUUAUCAUUUCCAGUACUCGGCUUGUACAGGACGCCGUAAAGCUCUUCUGAUUGGCAUCAACUAUUUCGGUCAAGAAAAUGCACUGCGCGGCUGUAUCAACGAUGUAACUAACAUGUCUGGCUUCUUGCAUGACAAGUUCGGGUAUCGCCGUGAGGACAUGGUCAUUCUUACUGAUGACCAAAAGAACCCAAUGAGCAUCCCAAACAAGCAAAAUAUUAUCCGCGCCAUGCAGUGGCUCGUCAAGGAUGCUCAGCCUCACGAUUCAUUGUUUGUUCACUACUCCGGUCACGGUGGUCGCACCCCUGACCUGGACGGCGACGAGGAUGAUGGAUACGACGAUGUGAUUUAUCCUGUCGACUACAAAACUGCUGGUCAUAUCGUCGACGAUGACAUGCACGACAUUAUGGUCCGUCCCUUGCGACCGGGUGUUCGAUUGACGGCCAUUUUCGACUCUUGUCACUCAGGAACCGCGCUGGAUCUGCCAUACAUCUACUCAACUCAGGGUGUGCUUAAGGAACCCAAUCUCGCAAAGGAAGCCGCUCAAGAUCUUUUCAGCGCCAUCAGCUCCUACGGCCAGGGAGAUUUGUCCAGCAUGGCCAACACCGCUAUUGGAUUUUUCAAGAAGGCGGCCAACGGUGGCCAAGCGCGUCAACGUACCAUCCAGACGAAAACGUCACCAGCCGAUGUGGUUAUGUUUUCCGGCUCCAAAGAUACGCAGACAUCGGCGGAUACUUUCCAGGAUGGACAGGCUCGUGGAGCCCUCAGUUGGGCGUUCAUCAAAUCACUUCAGCAGUGGCCCCAGCAAUCUUAUCUCCAGUUGUUAAAUACAAUUCGGGCGGAACUCGACGGCAAAUAUACCCAAAAGCCGCAACUCAGCUGCAGCCACCCUCUUGAUGUCAAUUUACGCUUUGUUAUGUAA